AUGGUCUCUCCCGCUAUAGAUAAUGCCGCCUGCAACACGGAAACCGAGUCUCUCGACGGCGCUGUCAGUGCGAUGUCAGCAUCUGGGGUGAAGUCUGAGGCCUAUCAGCUGCUCGGCGUAGAGAACUGGUCGAAGAAGUCAACCUCAGCCCAAAACGUCAGGAUUUCGGGUCCUACUAUAGCGACCGAAUCAUUGGUGUACCUUUCCUCGGGCUUACUCCCUUCUGCCAUACAACGCACCCUCUCGCACGACCUCCAAUCGUUCUGCUGGGUCAUCAUAUACGUUGCCUUCAAGCACACAAUCGAGGAGCUGAAGGGGAAGUCUAUCUCCGCUAUCAAGGGCAUCGCUGAGUUCAACAAGAAGACCUUCGACGAAGAAUUCAACGGACUCUUCGCUGCCACCAGUGCCACAAACCUCGCCACUAAGCGCAAGGUCGCUUUCCAAUCAGAGUCUGGCACAGGGGAAGCACUGGCGUAUGCGGGUAUCGAGAACCUGCACAACUACGUCGAAUCGAAGGACGUUGCACUGGCGGCGCAUCUAAGGAUCAUUUGGCAUUUCUUGAAGAAUUGCGAGCCGUUGCAAACUAUGGGAGUAGACAAGAAGUCGAAUGCGGACCACAUGGCGCUCAUGCGCGAAGCCGGAAACGCGCCUGUUCAAGCCGCGGCCCCCGAUGUUCAACUUAGUCCAUUCUCAAUAACCUUCAAUCAUGCCAACCUCAUCAGGGUCUUAGAGGUGGGGAUAAGGGAAAUGGCGGACUCAGAGCAGGCCGCCUCGACGUAA